CACACACACACACACAAAUACACACGCACGCAGGGUCCGGCUGGUUCAGGCGAGGAUAGGCUCCGACCCGAGGUGAACUCCUCGUUACAAAUAGGAGCUGCGGCAUUCCAAGUAGAGCAGAGUGGAGGCGCUCCACGCGGAUGAAUAAUAAUAUUAAGUAACUGCGCUGAGUGAGUCCGCUUUAUUUAACCGGGGUGGAAGGCAAGAGGAAGCAGUUUCCUUCUGAGUGGCGGAAAAAAAUCUAUACGAUUUAAGAGGACGUUAUUCCGAGAGGACUGGAUAUUAAACUCAGGUGGCAGUGCUGCAGCAUUUUCCAGCUAUAAAAUUCCCUGAGAGUUGAGUGAAGUCCAUUCAGCUGUUCUCCAGUCAGGUCCUGGCAUGAUGUUUGAGGAGGAGUCCCAUGGUGUGAGGGGCCAGCAGGAGUUGCCCGUUCUCCAGACAGUGGAUUCGCCCGAUGCKGCGCCUUCCAGCGGACCUGAGGGUCCUCUGUCCUUCACGGAUGAAGCCGUGUCCAUACUGACCUCCAGCAACCUGCUGGCUCGCUCCCUGCUGGGUCGCACCUCUGCAGUCAAGCGCAAAGAGAGUCCAGCUGCCACCGCCCGGCGCAAGCGCGAGUUCAUCCCCCAUGACAAAAAGGACGAAAGCUACUGGGACAAAAGGAGGAAGAACAACGAGGCGGCCAAACGUUCWCGAGAGAAGCGGCGRGUGAAUGACAUGGUCCUGGAGAGCCGGGUGCUUGCUUUGCUGGAGGAGAACGCCCGGYUUAGGGCGGAGCUCCUGGCUCUGAAGUUCCGCUUUGGCUUGAUUAAAGAUCCGUCCAACACACAGAUUCUACCGCUUGCCGGAGUUCCUCAACACAAUCUUCCAAACCUGACUCCCCAAUAUUAUCCCCACAGAACUGAUGGAGGCCCUCAAAGCUCAAAUCCCAACAACCACUUAGGCCAGUCAGGUACCAGGAGCUCGAGAGAGGCUGGCAACAUCUCAGAGGACUCUGGGUUUUCUACACCAGGAGGGUCCAGCGUGGCCAGCCCCAUCUUUUUCGAUGAACGCUUCGGCGACCAUGGGAAGUUUUCACCGCACCAAGUGGAAGAGAUGGGUUAUGACCUCCAGCAGUCACCAGUUGAUGUCCACCAUCCUGCAGGACUCGCCGUCGGGAAGCCGGACCCAGCAGAGGCGAUGAAAAACCUUCCACACAAGCUACGUUUCAAGACCCCCGGGAAUGGGGAGGGCCUGGACAUCGGUUGCGACAAUGGCGGCGUAAGACGCAACCCUCGGGAGACCGGGAAAGGGCYGAGCGGAGGCGAAGUAGGAGCGGGGCAUUGUCCCGGCUCCUGGGUCCAGCAACUGGAAGGGGAGGAAUGCCGGAAGGAGAAACAGACUCUUCAUUAUGGUACUUCUACUGCCGGCUGUAACCUCCAUUCUCCUCCCACGCCCAGACAAAGUGACGUCCAGUAUCAGCAUGAGAACACUUACCUGAAAUCUCAGCUCAGCUCCCUCUCUGAGGAGGUGGCUCAGCUGAAGAAGCUUUUCACAGAGCAGCUCAUGUCCAAAAUCAACUGAUGGACAGARGGGGUUAGACGAUGUGCGUCUAAAUGUCCUUACGGACUUGUAAGGACAUUUAGGAGAGAAAAACAGCAAUACAGGGCUUGUCCCGGCAUUCAGAGAGACUCAUGUUUAAAUAGUUCUCYGUUGUUCUCAAAUGUACAGAGUGUUGCGUCAUUUGGCCUCUCUGCCAUUUCGUACCAUUGUGUUUUGGAUCAUUUCAUACCUGAAAAAAAAAAGGAAAAUAAGGUACAAAAUGGUGUCGUCUACAGCAGGAUGUUUUGUUUAUUUGUACCCACCUGAAGGUUAUUUUGCACAAGAUUCGACAAUUUAAAGUUAUUUUUCAUUUAACUCGAUGUUUCCUAAAAGAAAAUGAGGUUAUCUAUCAUCAGAAGGUUGCUUAGGAUUGUUUUGCCUAAAUUCAGGACAUAAUAUAAAGUUAAAUAAAGUAAAUUAGAUGUGGAAUUUGAGCAUUUUAUGACUUUCUUUUCAUAAUUUAUGAAACUACAGACAAAAUUAUCUAACUUUCUUGAAUUAACUGAGUACCAAUUGUUUUUUUUAUGGGUAUGAAAUGGUAGGGGUGGGACAUAAUGACCACAUGUGCUACAGUAUGGCUAUGAAGUGGUGAGAUGGUGAACUGACCCAGAGUCUGAUAUAUUACGUCUUUUAAACACUCGUAUUAUCUGCUGUUUAACAACAACUUGCUGUGAUCUAACGUCCCGUCUCCAUUGCUCAUAAAUGUGAGUCUUAUCUGUCUGUGUAUGCAAAGUAAAACACUGUGAYAGCAAACAAAACACACACAUAUCACAAAACGAGCCGUAUUUCCAUUACAAAUGCAAGCAAAACUCUGUCGAUAUUCUGCUAAUGUCGAAAGAACACAAUUUUGCAAUUGCGUCGUUUCCAUUAAAUAAGAAACGCAGUUGAAAUCACACAUGGAUCAGUUUGUUUGAGCAACAAGUCAUUCAAAAACAUCAUCCUCCUACCACUUCCUGUUGUUAGCUUUUUUUCUUCUUCCUAAAUUGGCUUGUUUUCUUUAAGCAAAUUUAUUUUCAGAAUUUCAAUCUGCGCAAUUAUAAGGUCAAUGGAAAGGAAGUCAAUGACGGCUUCACGCCUGACACUGCCGAUGGAAGAUUAAGUAAUUGAGGCGGUUUUAUUUAUCAUUCUAUUAAAGGCCUGUAAAGCACAAUCAGACACAAACAGUGAAUGCACCAUGAGAUUAAAUCAUUAACUAGUAGAAAGCAAAACACAACUCCUCACACGUCCCGGAAGCUUUCUGAAACAUUUGUAUUCARGUUUGUCCCGACUUGUUACGCGUUAAAACAUUCGCUUCAGGACAAACGCCGCAACUUGUAAAGUUUUUGUUUGUGGGUUGUUGUUUUUUUUAACCCAUUCCUUUGUUACCAUUUGUUCCAGUCUCCACUGUGUUUUCUGUGCGUUUUCAUAUUUAAAAACAAUAAACGGAUUUGACAUAU